CGUUUUUUGGAUUUUCAAGGUUUUCCGACGUACAAUUAUGGGUUAAACUAAGGGAUAAAAUGUGGAUUCGGCUAUGAUCGGCGACAAUGUUUCAAGACCUGGUCCGUCUCUUGCUUGUGGUUGUUUUCAUGAUUAUUGUUCAACAAGGCAGCACACGAGAUGUCAAACAAAAACAUGGCCAGUUUUUGAACGCAACGAAAACUCAAAACAUUUCUACAAAUGGAUCUGCACAUCAUAAUAACAAGUUCAAAACGAACGCAACCAUUUCUGGUAAACGUCUCGGUAAAACGAGGAAAAAUCGAGGUAUUUCAUUAGCUACGCUUGCGGGACUCAACCGAGCAGCUCUUGGUAUCAACCCUCUCACGGUGCCAUAUGGAACAAGGCUGGCUUCUUUGGGUUAUCAGCAAACCCCUGCUUUGCAGCAGCUAGUCCCAACCACUGGUGGAUUGAUCCAAAGCCCAGCUGCUGUUAGACUUCCAUACGGAAUUCAACUCGCCAGGCUGUUGCCUGCUUUGAAUCUUUAUCGAAAUAGAUUACAACUGCCAACUAGUACAGGAGGUAUGGCUGCCGACGUGCACGUUUACAAAAAUCCUAAUAGAUUGAAAUACGAUUCGAUUCCUCUUAAACCUUCCAUCGAGCAACAGGAGUUGAUGGGAAACGGACUGAGUUUACCUGCCCUGCUUCAGCUAAGCUCCGCUGGGGUUCAGGGUCUUUCUGACUUGUCAGAUGAAAGUGAAGCUGACUUGGACGAGCUUGGAGGUGUUUGUUUGACGAAACCCUGUCACAAUGGCGGAUCAUGUGUUAACAUUGGUGAAACAUUUGAAUGUAUUUGCAGAAAAGGUUUUACUGGAAAAAGGUGUAAAGAGCGGAAUCCAUGUUUGCCUAAUCCUUGCCAAAAUGAGGGACAGUGUGCAGUUUCAGGCUCAAGCUUCGACUGUUCUUGUUCCAUUGGCUGGAAAGGGGAAAGAUGUGAAGAGCCCAACAAAUGCCAUCCUAAUCCGUGCAUGAACGGAGGGUCUUGCACAGCGUUGCAGUUUGAUUAUGAAUGCACCUGUCCACAUGGAUUUCGUGGGAAAAACUGUGAAGAGAAACGGUCCGGUUGUUCUGAAAACCCUUGUCAUAACGAUGGACACUGCAUCGAAACAUCAUCAGGAAACUUUGAGUGUGUUUGUAGGUCGGGCUUUUCGGGAGUGACAUGCGCAGUGACUCAGAACAAGUGUUUACAAAACCCAUGCGAAAACGGAGGGACUUGCAUUGAUUCUCUGGGUGGGGUGGGAUAUGAGUGUCGUUGUCCAAACGGAUACAAAGGAGUCAACUGCGCAGAAAGAAGUCCAUGCCAACCGGACACUUGUGAAAACGGUGGUACUUGUUUCGAAACAGAGAGUGGCUUUAGAUGUCUGUGUCGUGCGGGUUAUAGUGGAAAAACGUGUUCAGUGCGGCAUAGCUGUCAACCAGACGUUUGUAAGAAUGGCGCCAAGUGUAUUGAGCAUGACAGUGGCUUUCGAUGUAUUUGUCCUUCCGGAUACAAAGGCUCUUAUUGCGAUGAAAUAGACCACUGUCGCCCCAAUCCUUGCCAACAUGGCGGAGACUGCGUAGAAACAGAAAACGGUUUUAAAUGUCACUGCCAAGCACAGUAUCAGGGAUUACGUUGCGAAGAACUUAAUAUGUGUAUACCAAACCCCUGCAAGAACGGCGGACAGUGUUUAGGAUACGAAGGUGGUCACAAAUGUAUUUGUCUUCCUGGUUACAAAGGAGAAAACUGCGACGAAAAGAACCCGUGCGAACCCAACCCCUGCCACAAUGGAGGAGCGUGUACAAAACAAGGAGAACACUACACGUGCUCUUGUAGACGGGGAUACACAGGCGAACAGUGUAAAACCGUUGACAGCUGUUUGUCCAAUCCCUGUCAACAUGGCGGUAGCUGUAAGGCGGAGGAAGGAGGCUUUGUCUGUUCCUGUCCUGCCAGCCACAGGGGGACAUUUUGCAACGAGAGGGAACCAUGUCAUCCAAACCCAUGCCACAACGGAGGAAGAUGUUUGUCAACAUCUGAAGGGUUCGUUUGCAGAUGUGCGACAGGAUACAGAGGAGAGACAUGCACAGAGGAAGAUGAAUGUCAGCCAAAUCCAUGUCAAAACGGUGGAAGAUGCAUGGCACAUUACUUUGGUGGUGGUUUCGAUUGUGAAUGUCCCAUGGGAUUCAGAGGGACCACUUGUCAAGACAAAGAUCCUUGCAGACCUGAUCCGUGUGGUCAUGGCGGGUUUUGUACAGAAAUCGGCGGAGGUUUUGCCUGCAAUUGUACUCUGGGGUUCAAAGGACCCACUUGCCAAGAUAUCGAUAAGUGUCAUCCAAAUCCAUGCGGACAUGGUGGUGUUUGCCGGGAAGUUGUAGGAGGGCCCGGGUUUGCUUGUCAGUGCAUCUCUGGAUAUAAAGGCAUGCAGUGUGGCGAAAAAGACAGAUGUCACCCUAAUCCUUGCCUGCAUGAUGGCAUGUGUAUGGAGAUCAACGACGAACUGGGUUUUUUAUGCAAUUGCACAGCGGGAUAUCGUGGCACACACUGUCAAGAUUUGGAUCCCUGCCGUCCUAAUCCAUGUUUGAACUCCGGUGCCUGUCUUCACACGGAUGAUGGUUUUGUCUGCAAUUGUUCAAGAGGAUACAAAGGAAGACACUGCCAAGAACGAGAUCUCUGCAAACCCAAUCCUUGCCAAUUUGGCAACAAAUGUCACCAAACAGGAGUGGACAGUUAUCAGUGCGUGAAGAACCUUUGUAACCCCAGUCCUUGUAUGCAUGAUGGACGGUGCAUUGAGGUCAAUGAUGAAGAUUACCUGUGUGCGUGUAAGCAAGGCUUUAGAGGAAAGAAUUGUCAUGAGCUAGACUUAUGUUACCCAAACCCCUGCAUGAAUGGUGGAACAUGUUCCAGGACAGACUUUGGCGGUUUUAAGUGCGCUUGCACACCAGGAUAUAAUGGGCCGAACUGUACAGUGUUUGAAAACCAAGUAAACGCAGACGGCAGACACAAAGUUCCCAUUUUUCACUCAACGUCGCUUACAAACAACUUGAAAGUUACAUCUCCAACACAAGCUGUCUCAAGUAUGGAUGUGCAAGGAAAUAGGAAAACAAGCGCAUUGGUUUGCAGUCCAAACCCAUGUCAGAAUGGAGGAACUUGUGCCAGGAACGGAGAUUCAUUUGGUUGCUCGUGUCCAAAGGGUUUUAAAGGUCGCCGUUGCCAGAUAAAAGCAUCAAAGGCGCAAAGACUUCGUCUGAAGCCUCAUAUUGACUACUGCACUCCCAACCCGUGCAAAAACAAAGGCAUUUGUGUCGUAGAGGAAGGAAAAGGAUAUAGUUGCUCGUGUGAGCCGGGAUUCACCGGUUUCCACUGUCAAGUGGACCACUGUAACCCUAAUCCGUGCAAGAACCAAGGGCUAUGUGCACGGGAUAAAGCCAGUCAUUACAAGUGCAACUGCCAUAAUGGCUUUUUGGGGCGCAACUGUCAAGUAAAUUCUUGCCUCCCCAACCCUUGCAAAAAUGACGGAUUAUGUGUCACUGUUCGUGGAAAGGGUUACCAAUGCAAGUGUCGAGAUGGAUUCAACGGACCGCACUGUGAGAGCAAUCCAUGUUAUCCAAACCCUUGUAAUAACGGUGGCAGUUGCCUGGUCUUUUACACUGUGUACCUUUGUAAAUGUCCAACGGCUUACAGAGGAACACGAUGCAAUAUUCUCAUUCCACAAAAAGCUUUGGCCUCUCCACCACCUCCCGUACCUUCAGCCAAUUUCAUGACGGCGAUAUCCCCUGUGCGUAAGACAACGCAACACUUCAAAGUCAACGCUUGCUCUGCAAAUCCUUGCCGCAACUCUGCUGUGUGCCUCGAGACGAUUGACGAUGACUUCGAGUGCUUUUGCCGAGGUGACUUUUCCGGACCAAGAUGCGAAGAUAUUGGAGCAUACACCUACUCUUCAGCUCCUAAAUUCUUUCCCGGAAGAGGCGAGGAAUGCCAGCAUUGUGACCUUAACGCGCACUGUGUGGGAGGACAUUGUAUCUGCAAGCAUGGCUUUGUUGGAGACGGCUUGGAAUGCUGGGUGGAAACCCCAAGGGACAAGGACUGGACCUGUCUGGCGUCUCCGUGCCAGAAUGGUGGAACAUGCAAACCAGGCAUAUCUAAAUGCGUGUGCCGGCUGGGAUACGUUGGGGACUACUGUGAAUCCCAUUGCCCACCCUCAGUCCAUCUGAGUUUUGACAAGUAUUCCCAGAGUGCGUUGUUAGAUGAUUCUGGAAGUGAAAACAGAGGUUUCCUCGCCAACGGGGCACAAAUCGUUCCACAUGGUGGGAAAUGUGGUAAUGCAGCAAACUUACUAGGUGGAGAUGUUUUACUGGAUGGCGUACACUUUCAUCAAAUCCCCAGGGCAGGAAUUACCAUAUCAACUUGGGUUAAACUUGACACAAACAAAGGCAUACAAUCAAUAUUUGACACUGUUGGGAGCCAUUCUAGGCACAAAGAUGGUCAGUACCACUUUGAGAUUGAAAAUGGAAAAGUGCGUUGGUUUCACAGAAACGAAAACCAUGACACCAUAUUCAGUCUACUGUCGCGGCCCGUAGUGAGAGAAGGAGUCUGGACACAAAUCACAGCGACUUACAGUGCAAAGAAACAGCGGGCAAGAGUUUUUGUUAAUGGAGAUAUGGUUCAGGAGGAGAAAGGGCAAGGUUUUUUGUCUCAAGAUUGGGGAGGCAAGGCCGGAAUAGGUCGUCAUAAACAUCAAUUUGGAAAUCGCCUGUUACGAGGAAUGAUUGACGAGUUCUACAUUUUCCCCUGUGAGCUGCCACGCCUGGAAAUACUUGUGUUGAUGAGACACUGCCGCGUCUACUUCACACAUAAACCAAAGAAAGUGACAGAGGAGUCAUCGACCACACGAGGCUCUACCGCAAUCAUGACACCGCCCGUAAAUGGGCUACGAAAGAAUGGACCAGCCGCUUUUUACAGGCCUCAGCCUCAGAGUAUGAAUGCAAUAUCAUCAGCUUAUCAAAAAACACCUCCCAUAAAGGAUUACGUCGCCAAUAAUUUGCAGCAAAUACUGGCCAGUCUGAAUGUUGGUGUGCCUCCUCGUUAUGAUGUGCAGCUGCCAAUGCUCUAUAGACCACCUCAGGGGUAUUCGCUACCUCCACAACAGAAAAAACCACAAACAUUUUACAAACCUGCAUAUAACGCGAAAAUAAAGCCAGCAGCAGGUAGCUCACUGCCAGUGCCUCAUCUCUUGUCUGGUAAUAUGUGGAACAACCAUCCGCCUGGUGUGACUACUCCAUAUGCAACACAAGCUUCAAUAAGGCACGAUACUCCAGUUACUGCCCAGAGGGUAAAUAACAACCAUCAGCCAUCAUUUUCAUCGCAAGCUUUGUUUAAUAAGCAACAAGUGAAUAUAAAUUCACUUCCGAGUGUGAUGGAAAUGAAUACACCAGGAAGCCAACGGGCUCCUUAUGUGCAAAAUGGCGCCGGAAAGCCUCAAAGAUUAAAUACUCUUAAUGUUCAAGAUGGACUUAAUGGACAAUAUGCAAAACAAGAAUCUAAGAUAACACAGCCCAACAUGUCUUUGAAUAGGAUGAAUACUGAUGCACAAUUCCAGAAACCAAUUAUAUGGCACAUUCCCUUGGGAGGUACGAGGCAAGGACUACCAGGAGGAUUUCAAGAGCAAUAUGCUAAACAAGAAUCAAUAACAACUCAGCCGAACAUGUCUCCCAAUAGAGUGAAUAAUGACGCACGAUUCCAGAAACCAAUCAUAUGGCACAUUCCCGUAGGUGGCAUUAGGCAAGGACUUCCUGGAGGUCAGAAGCCCUUUUAUCCUGCUCUUUCGACAGGUCAACGACUGUUAGGACAAUCAAGGCCGAUAAGCAUCGGUCAGGGUAUGCCCUUGCAGAACAAGACAGUAGGCAUUCAAAAUCCUUCCGGUGGAUCGAUACGAAAUUCUGCGUUAAGCCAGCAAAGGCAGAAAGUAAACUUCAUGCCUCCCCUUCGGGUUCCGAGUAACGUGAAAACUCAGUUUGGGGGAGUUAAGGCCCAGCUAGCAACAGCUCCCAGUCGACAACAAUCACUUGCAUAUAAGAUGGCCAUGCUUGAACAACCCAAUCAUGUCUUGACGAGCAACACUUUGACGACCAUACCAUGGCCGAGAAAGAUGGUCCCACCAAUUAAAAAACAAUUGCCUUCUGGUCACCCGUAUUAUGCCAGCUAUUAUCCAAAGGCGCCAUAUUCUUCAAAACUACAGCAAAGACUCCUUAUGCCUGCCUUAAGGACGCAGUCAAGUUUAAAGGGUCCGCUUUCGUCAACUACACGGAAGGGUGCCACAGGGAUUGCACAGCCUAAAAUUUCUCCAUUCAGGCCACAUUUGAUUUAUGGGCAAGCGUCUUGGCCCUGGGUUGCUUGGAGAAGUCGUGUCUUGCCUAUGGCACCAGCUUCAAGUCGGUCUUUCUCCCCCUUACGUCCUCAAGCUCAUGGUAACAAACCUCCAGCAUAUGCUCCAAAAGUUGGUCUUUCACCCAGUCUGCAAUCUUCUCCAUACACAAUGUCACCCCAGGUAUUGCUCUACUAUUAUUUUUAUCCUAAGACAAUUAGCAAGGCGCUAACAAAAGUAGCAAACAUCAAAGGAGAAGAAGGGAAUACAAACUUCUUACAAUCGUUAACGAAACAGAUUUCCAGUGCUGCCUUUAACAACAAACCGGGGGAAGUUACGACAUAUACAAAUCCUACAAUGACAGGAAAAACCGGAGGGAGGAUUUCAACAGAACAAACCAACAUGGUCACCCAGGUUAAUCCAAAACAACUCUCACAGACCCUUUAUACUCCAUAUUACCGACUUCUAACAAGCUUAUUGAAGACACCAGCGGCCCCUUUAACUACAAAUGCAUAUGGAAGGCAACAGGUACAAGCUCCUCUUUCACUUCCUCAACCAAGGCAAAAUAAAGGAGGGCCGAGCUCUCUUCCGCUCAUGACAUCACUAAACUCGAUUGCACAGGCACAAAAGACGAUUUACCCACAAGUUUCUGCUUUGGGAAGCAGAAAGUCACAACUAGCAAACGGACUUUCCAACCGACCUAUCUACAUAGAGACUGUACCGUACCAACUAUACUACCAACUUCAAAGACUACCUUCUCUUAACACACAGUCUAGCACACAGCAAUAUUUACAAAGGGUAUUAAAUGAUAUUCUCAGGUUAAGAUAUGGUAAGCGUAAAAAGAAAAAGAAAAAACGUGGUGCUAAAGAGAAAACUACGCUGCACCAAAGUAAAAACAGCAUAAAAGGUGUGAAAGGAACGUAAUGAAAGACAUUCGUCCAGGCUAACUACUGGAUCAGAAGGGGCCAUUUUCUGCAAAUGAGAAGCAACAGCAAUACACUGUUGCACCUCACAAUGCUACUUGAUUGGUACAGAAAAUGCUCCCAGCCUCUCACGCAAUCAGCUGCAUAAUUCAAAACCAAUCACGGCUCAGCAUCUUGCCUUUUUCCGUUUUUAAAGUCGUUCAUUGGUGUGAUGUUUGCCGUAGCUGGCAGUUUUGAUAACUUGAAAUUUGGCUAUGCAAUUCUCAAUUGAAAAUAUUUUCAUAGGUAGUCCCAUUUUGAUCCACACUCGCGAAUAAUUUUUCUCAGGGAGGAGAUUCGUCUGAGUGUAGACCAAACAGAAACUUAGAUCAGUUAUGCAACACUACCAGCUCCAAAAACGAAGUGAGCAACAGCUCACCCAUACUCACGAUGCAAUAAGCAGACCGAUAACGACGUUCCUUCGUCUACCUACACCAACCACGAUUUUGGACGUACGAAAAAAAAAAUACGACCACCACCAAUUCAUAAAAAGAAUAUCUGUGAAUCAGCUCACCCAUAACCAUGAUACAGAAAAGAUCAAAACAAAUAUCGUAUAUGCAAAUUGCAUAUUUCUGCAAAAUGCUAUGUAAGAGCAACAAAGCAACUCUACGAGUCGGUCUAAGGCUUUGAACAUUUUUAAAAUUGAGCUCUGAACAAUGAUAGUAGGAGGGAAAUAUCUAACAGUAUUUUUUGGACGAUUUUUAGUAUGUAAAAAUGAUGUAAAUAGAAGUGAUGUAACAAAAAAAGUUGGUUCAUAACGCAAUUUGCUCAUCAGUUAACUUAUUAAAUAUAAUUUUGAAGCGGGAAAUUAUCUAAAGAUAAUGAAAUAAAAAAA